AUGGACGCUCCCACGGUCCCGAAAACCCACGACGGUCAAGCCUUAGUCGACGCAAUGGGUCAGCUUUUUGGUGAGUGCAAACAGGUCUAUCACUACGGCCUACAACAUUACUUCCGCAGUUACUACAACAUUAUGGACUGGGCUUCUGUUUCGCUCUAUCUUGGCGCCUUCACUUUGCGUAUCCUUGUUGACAUUAAAGUCUCCGCAACGGAGAUGGUGUUUCGUCCUCGCCUUAUAUACGCCCAGUCGCUGCUACAAAAUGCCAGCGACCUCCUCACCGACUUCGAUGCCUCCUCCCACGAACUAACUCAGGGCCUACACCAGCAAACCCAUUACAUUGGUUAUCGCAAUGCCUUGCUUAGAGAGGAUUCGGCCUACUGGUUAAGGGGCUGCUUCUACAAGAUGAUUCCCCUGAUGAAUUGA